AGCUGCAGUCUGGAUGCGACAGAGCGGAGAACAGCCAACAUGAUGCCGAUGUUCCUCACCGUGUACCUCAGCAACAAUGACCAGCACUUCAGCGAGGUUCCCAUCAUGCCGGAGACGUUGUGCAGAGACGUGGUGGAACUCUGCAAGGAGCCCGGUGAGGUCGAUUGCUACCUGGCCGAGAUGUGGAGAGGCUCAGAGCGUGUCGUUGGAGAAGGCGAGCGGAUGAUGGAGGUGUUGCAGCGAUGGGGGCAGCAGAGGGGGGAGGUCCGUUACCUCCUGCACCAUCAGAGAGCUCCGGGACGAGAGUCAGGUGUGUCCCGAGCCUCAGAUCAGAUGAUGAAGAGAAACCAGGUGAAACUUUCUGUGGAGGGAUGUCUGGAGAACGGGAUUUCAGCUCCUCGUCUGGAUGUGACGCUGAGCGAGCUUCAGGAUCUGGCAACCCGACAGCAGCAGCAGAUCAACGCCCAGCAGCAGCUGCUGGCCUCCAAGGAGCAGCGGCUGCGAUACCUGAAGCUGCAGGAUCAGCAGCAGCAGCAGCACCAGGAGGCGUCUGAACAGGAGCGUCUGCGGCAGCUCAGAGAGAACGCUCACAACCAGGAGGCCAAACUGCGGCGGGUCCGGGCCCUCAGGGGCCAGGUGGAGCAGAAACGCCUCAGUAACAGUAAGCUAGUGGAGGAGAUCGACCAGAUGACCAGUCUGUUCCAGCAGAAGCAGAGGGAGCUGCUGGUGGCUGCAGCGAGGGUGGAGGAGCUGAGCGGCCAGCUGGAGGUGCUGAGGAGCAACAGGCUGGAGCCUCUGCUUCCUCCUCCUCCUCCUCCUCACCACCUCUACAGCACCUCCUCCUCCACAGCUGAGCUGGAGCGCCUGUACAAAGAGCUGCAGCUGAGGAACAAGCUGAACCAGGAUCAGAGCUCCAGGCUGCAGCAGCAGAGAGACAGCCUGAACAAGAGGAACCUGGAGGUGGCAGCGAUGGACCGACGGCUGGCCGAGCUCCGGCAGCGGCUCUGGAAGAAGAAGGCCGCCCUGCAGCAGAAGGAGAACCUGCCAGUGGCCUCAGACGGCGCGGCCCCUCAGCAUGGCGUGACCUCCAGAGUGGCGGCGGUGGGGCCGUACAUCCAGUCGUCCCCCACAACGAGCUCACAGGGGCCUCCGGUGCCGGCCCGCCCGGAGGUUCUGGUGAAGCCAGCGUACCCAGACGGCACAGCCACCCUGCCUAUGCCUGACUUGUCCCUGAAGCCGCCUCCCAGACCAGUUAAACCAGCCUCAGGUUUCAACACCUCAAAAAUAACCAAACUCUCUGACUGGAGCAGCUCAUUAUCCGAACCCAGUGGGGGGUACAGCCACUCCUCCACCCUGCCUCGCAUGUCCAACCGCAGCUGCCGCAACUCAGGUGGUGAGACCCUCAGAGAGCAGAAGGGCCUCUCUGGGUCUGAUGUCCCGCCCCCUGUCCCCUCGCGGACCAGUCACACCUCUGAAAACCUGCUCAGGGACAAUCAGGCCUCAGGUAAAGGCCUGUCCAAGAUGGCGGUGCCGCCACCAGUUCCCAGUAAACCCAAACCGUUCGCCUCCUCGGGCCCACCAACCUUCUCCAAACCCCCCUACAGCACCGGCACCUUCCCGGGUAAGGUGCGGUCAGUCGGGGGCCACCUCAGGGCUCCAGGAGUCCUCUCCAGCCACAGCAACACACUCCCUCUGCCCAACAAGCAGGAAAGUCCUCCGGCCGCCGCCGUCCGACCUUACACCCCCGACCUCUCAGAUGGCCCCCACCCUGUGCUGCAGAAGCCUCAGACUCUGGCGGCUUCGUCCAUCUACUCCAUGUACACCCAGCAGGCCACGCCGGGGAAGGGCUACCAGCCGGGUGGCCAGGGCACACUGCCCCGCAGUCAGCCCCGAGUGUAUGGGAAACCAAUCCCCACAGGCAGCGGGGGGCACCAGUCUGUCGGCUCAGACAGCGCCGCCGUGAAUUCUGGGUCCUGUGUGUCUGAUGGGAGUGAGGCUGACAACAGUUGCCUGAGUAACGGCGAAGGUGUUAGUGGCGAUUCAGCAGAACGUGCUACCCCUCGACCUCUGAGCCCCACCAAGCUACUCCCGUUCCUGUCCAACCCUCACAGGAACCCCAGCGACGCCGACCUGGAGGCCCUGCGCCGCCGGCUGCACCAUGCCCCCCGGCCCCUGAAGAAACGCAGCUCCAUCACGGAGCCUGAGAGCCCGGCCGGACCCAACAUCCAGAAACUGCUGUACCAGAAGACCACUCUCGCUGCCAUGGAAACCAUCCCCAUGGAGACAGUCGGUCCAGCUGGGACAUACAUUCAGCCCGGGUUUCACGAGGACGGGAUGGCCAGUGUGGAAGUAACAUCGAGGGUCGACGACAACGCCGGCUUCAACCAGCCGCUCGCUGAUAGCCCAGAGGACUGCCUGACCCCACCCCCCUUGCCCCCUCGCUCACCCAUCCCUGAUCCCACCUCUUGUUGCUCCCUGCGCCCCCCUGUUGAAGACAAGAAGGAGGAAGAGGAGGAGGUGUGUCCAUCCGCCUUAGUCCAUCAGGACCACUUUCCAGAGGAGUUCCCACCUUAUCCGCCCCCGCCGUACCCCAGCUGUGUGGAGGCGGAGCAGGGAGACGACCCCCUCAACCUGCAGCCGCCGGAGGUGACAGGACAGGUCACAGUGCCGCCGGGUAAGAGGUCAAUCCUCCGAAAAGCCGGCUCAGAGCGGAUUGACCACGGCAUGCGUGUCAAGUUCAACCCUCUGGCCCUGCUACUGGACUCUUCUCUGGAGGGCGAGUACGACCUCGUCCAGAGGGUCAUCUACGACGUGGACGACCCCAGCAUGCCGAACGAUGAAGGCAUCACGGCGCUGCACAACGCCGUCUGUGCCGGCCACACUGAGAUCGUCAAGUUUCUGGUCCAGUUUGGCCUCAACGUCAACGCUGCUGACAGUGAUGGCUGGACUCCCCUUCACUGCGCCGCCUCUUGUAACAACGUUCAGGUCUGUAAGUUCCUGGUGGAGUCCGGGGCGGCGGUGUUCGCCACAACCUGCAGCGACAUGCAAACAGCUGCCGACAAAUGUGAAGAGAUGGAGGACGGCUAUGCCCAGUGCUCCCAGUUCCUCUACGGCGUUCAGGAGAAGAUGGGCGUGAUGAACCGUGGCGUGGUGUACGCCCUGUGGGACUACGAGCCUCAGAGCGCCGACGAGCUCGGCUUCAGCGAGGGAGACUGCAUGACGGUGCUGAGACGGGAGGACGAGGUGGAGACGGAGUGGUGGUGGGCGAGAUGUGGCGACCACGAGGGCUACAUCCCCCGCAACCUGCUGGGGCUGUAUCUGAGGAUCAGGCCGCGGCAGAGGAGCCUGGCGUAACCUGACGACUCGAGAAUCCUUCAAAAGACCAGAGGAGUCCUGGAGGAGGACGAGCAGACGAAUAACGUGUCAGAGGAACUGCCACUGCAUCUCUGGCUUUUCAGCCUCAGCACAAAGAAUGUGACAGCGGACUGUUGGAGAGCAGAGACAGAAGAGACAGUAGUUUAGAUGAGCACAUUAUUAGUUCACCAGAAUUUAUUGGCAGAUGUUCACGUUUUUCUGAUGAGUCAUGUCAGUGAUUGAUCCUUUGAUUUCCUCCAGCAGAGCAGUUUUCAUUCUGUUGAACCGUGACAUCUAGAAGGGGACGAUUCAAUGUCCAACAAAUGUCCCAGAGGUUGGAACUGAACCUGGGACGUUGCAUUGGACCCACAAGGCCACUGUCUUUCACUGUCAUCAUUAAAGUAUUUAAAGGUAAAAUCGCUUUGGUGUUUUUUAACUGAGUGCAGCAUCAAAACAAAUAUUACCGUUCUAACCCAACAGGGAUUUAUGGGAUUUACCAGGCGGACGUGUGAGGAG